AUGACAAGAAAGAAACAGAAAGUUAACUGCUUUGAUUUUCUUUCAGACGACAUCCUUAUAGAAAUCCUCAAAAGGCUUCCAGAUGAUUUCCUUCGUUAUAAGGUUAAACACGUUUGCAGACGAUUUUUCAGUGUAAUCACCAAUGGAAUCUUACUAGACCACGCUUCCUUUAUCUUCCAAGAAUUCGGUAAACCCACAGUGCGACAUGUAGACAUAAGAGAAGAACAACAAGGGCUAGAACUAAAAGAGAAAAACCUGGAUUUACCUAAGAAAGGAUGGGUAAUGUCAUGGUGUAACGAGUUUCUUCUGAUAACAAAUCAAGAAAGAAAAGAAUACGUUUUUAACCUAAUCACAAAGGAAGGAUCAUAUCUUCCUUCAUGCACAUAUUGUAGAGGACGCUACACUUGCGAAUGUGGAGUUUCCCUUUCUUUUGAUGGAUUUAAAGGAGUAUACAAAGUGCUUCACAUGUUUAUAGGUCCACCAAUGCAAUGUCAUAUUCUUAUCUUGAAAAGAAACAUUCUCUCUCGUUUCUCCUCAAAGUGGAAAAAGAUCGAAAUUCCUUCUUGUAUGGAUGAAGGAUGGGGUUCAUGGGGUUACCCAGUUUCAGUUCAAGCGAGAUAUAUUCACUGGGAUGUUCAUGGUGAUGGAGGGUACCUGGUUUCCAUGGAUAUGGUGAAAGAGAAACUGUUCAGAAUGAGUCUUCCUAUACCUGAGUUUAGUUUCAGAUACACUGUUUUUGAAAUGGGUGGUUUUCUCACUCUUAUUCAUCAACUUUCCUUUGAACAAACUGACAUGUGGAUUCUUAAAGAUUUUGAGAAGAUGAAGUGGGAGAAGUUGGAGUUAACUGUUCCGAAUUGCUUUUUUGGAGAAUACGAUGAUUUUCUUAUAACACCUAUGUCUAGCGUGAUAAUUUUAUAUAGUCAGAAAGUUAGAUAAAAUGAACAUAGUUUUUGCAAAGUGAGAGGGUUGAAUCGCUGAAGC